GGUAGCGUCGCCUAGUGGUAAAGUGACGAUAGAGUAUCGACGAGUUGCACUGAGCUGCACUGGCUACUAUCCGCGCUCUGCGCCUACGUUCGGACCGUUCGUUCCGGUCAUGUCAGACGCGGACGGUUUCGUAUUGGUGACUCGUCGUGGAAGACGUCGUGACGGACAGAGCAGUUCAAGUGGAAACGCAGCUGCGCCGCGCGUCAUCGCCGAGGAAGAUCGCGAGGACGGAUCUUUUCUUCGCGAGUUAGACAAGACGGUAGACAAAGUCGGGGACAGCAGGUUUACCAGGUUCGUUUUCAGCCGGCUGACCGAGUCCCUAGCCGUUUUGGGCUCCAACGGUCUUUCCGAGAUAGUCUGCUACGGGUUAGGACGGUUCUCGUUGUACAGAUCGGCGAGAUGCCAAUUGGCGUUCCUGCUGUGCCUGAAGGCGCGGUACGAGCCGGCACGCGUGCACGUCUACGACCCGGAGUUUCGCCCCCACGAAAUGCGUGCUCUGCGUGCCCUGGGUCUCGAGGUCACGGAGACGAACGAGGAGGGCAAGCGCGCCGUCCAGCGAGAUAAGACGACCCUCGUGUUCAUGCCGCACUGCUCGCGGCAGUUGACUAACAAUUUCCUCUACGCGAACUGGGGUUGCGACGAACUGAGCGGUUGCAUCCUGUUCACCAACAGUCUUUCAAGGACCGUCAACGAUAGCUUACAUAGGGACGUGCUAAAUUCGGCGGGCUACAUGCUACGCAUUCUACCUUAUGUUACAGAAAUUCAAUUGGAAAAUUCCUUCGUGUACGAGGAAGUUUUUAGCGACCUUAACAUACAUAUUUUUACCAAACAAGAUCUGCUUAAGGCUCCGGCAGAUUUCUGGAGCUCCAAAGAGGAACCGCGGUAUUCAACGAAGGACGUCGAAUUUGUUACAGCCGCGCGUACUAGUAACACUUGACGCACUAAUACGGUGACGAUGAAUAACAAUAUUAAAAUUGUUCGUUCUCUCGUGCAGGAGCUGCGCCGAGUUUCGCAAAA